UUAAAAGUGUUUUGCUUUCUCAAAAAUGUUUAUCCCAUUGGUUUUUAUGGGAGGGAAAAUAACUAUAUGGCUGGAAUACUAUUCUUUCUGAAGACUCCAAGGCAGGGGUAAGCAGCCUAAGGCCCGUGGGCCAGAUGCGGCCCAAUCGCCUUCUCAGUCUGGCCCGUGGAUGGUCCGGGAAUCAGUGUGUUUUUACAUGAGUAGAAUGUGUGCUUUUAUUUAAAAUGCAUCUCUGGGUUAUUUGUGGGGCCUGCCUGGUGUUUUUACAUGAGUAGAAUGUGUGCUUUUAUUUAAAAUGCAUCUCUGGGUUAUUUGUGGGGCAUAGGAAUUUGUUCAUUCCCCCCCUUCAAAAUAUAGUCCGGUCCACCACAUGGUCUGAGGGAUGGUGGACGGCUGAAAAAGGUUGCUGACCCCUGCUGCAAGGCCUUAUCAGAGUUCAUGACAUACUCCCUUUCAAACCAUGCCACCAUCUGAGCACUGAUGAUGGUGGAAAAACAGUGGCAGAUUUUGCUGCCACCAUGACAAGCCCUCUAGCAUCAGACCUGCCUCUUCACUGGCAGAAGGGCAGGUCUGCAACAUCCAACAGCCCUUCAGAGGGUAGGACCCAAACCAGUGGAUUCAGAUUACAAGAACAUUCUGACUGGAAGAACUUUCUGAUGGCAAGAGCUGUUUGACAAUGGAAUGGACUACUUUGGGAGGUAGUGGACUCCUUCAUUGGAGGUUUUUAAGCAGAGGUUGGAUGGCCAACUCUCAGGGAUUAUUUAAGCUGUGAUUCCUGCAUUGCAGGGGUUGGGCUAAAUUACCUUUUGGGUCCAUUCCAACUUGGAAAUCCUGUGAUUUGGGCCCUCUGUCUGGGAGCUUAGGCUUCCUCCCUAAAUUCAACAGGACUUAUCUUCAAAUAAGGGCUUGUUCACAUAGCUAAAUGUGACUCCAACUCUACCAUUCCAUGAUUCUAUGAAAAGAGGGCAUUGAUGUAAUAUUUGAUUUAAACACAAAUUGCUUCAGUUUUCCAGAAAUGAAAUCAGAGGUUCUUGAGCAACAAUCAUAUGACAUAGCAGGAGGCUCAAAUAACCCAAUCUUAAGUAUUGGGUUAAGAGGGACCCAGGUGGCGCUGUGGUUAAAACAACUGAGCCUAGGGCUUGCUGAUCAGAAGGUCGGCGGUUCGAAUCCCUGUGACGGGGUGAGCUCCCGUUGCUUGGUCCCAGCUCCUGCCAACCUAGCAGUUCGAAAGCACGUCAAAAUGCAAGUAGAUAAAUAGGAACCGCUACAGCGGGAAGGUAAACGGCGUUUCCAUGUGCUGCUCUGGUUUGCCAGAAGCGGCUUUGUCAUGCUGGCCACAUGACCUGGAAGCUAUACGCCGGCUCCCUCGGCCAAUAAUGCGAGAUGAGCGCGCAACCCCAGAGUCGGUCACGACUGGACCUAAUGGUCAGGGAUCCCUUUACCUUUUUAAGUAGUUUUUGGAACACUGCUGGAAAUGGGACUGGUAGGAUGUUUUGACAUUCCACAGGAGAGGAAAGAAAAACAUUUUUAUCUUUAAAAGUGUAAAAGUGCUAAGAUUAGGCAAAAGUAUAAUUUUUCAAAAAUGGACUCUAUAAUAAUUGCAAGUUUAGUCAGUAAGAAACUACCAGUAGCUUAAGUGAGAGACCUCAUUAAAUUCUGUUUUCAAAACCUGCAAAUCCUAGCCUGCCUCAUCUUUGAGAAUUAAAAAUUUAGAAGGAGGAUUAGCUUGUUUUAUAGAGAUUGGAUGGAGAGGACUGCACUUUUUGGCUUGGGGAUGAGUCAUCUCUGUUUUCUUUUCUCUGUUCUGCCAGAGUGUCUGGUUGGCUUUAUACAACUGGGCAACCUCCAUGCAUCUGCUUAAAAUGGUGAGUGGGAGGGGGAGACUACUUUUCAGAGGAGUAAUUAAAUUUGAGGCAAAGCAUUUGGAAUUGUAUUGAUUUAUUUCAAUUAGAAAUAAAUCUCUUUACCCUUUUUAUACAUAAGCUAACACCCACAUUAAGGGUUUGUGUGUGUCUGUGGAAACAGGAAAAAUAUAUCCCUGAGCAGAUUCAGGAAGAUUUUGUACAAGCUCAUCUGCCCUGUUUCAGGCCAGUUGCUCUGUGUUGUUUUGUCCAGAGCCCAAAUAUUCUGUUAUCUAUCGCCCCCUAAUCAAUAUAGUAUUGACACUGAUGGAUGUGGCAUGUGCUCUUAUGUUUUUUUAAAAAAUUAAUAUAUCUUUUUAUUUGAGACUUUACAUACAAAAGAAGUUUGAGGACUGCAUUCGAAUGGCUAUUUUAGACAUGGGCUGACCAAAGGGUUUGACAGGAGAUUGACAGAAAGUAUCUCCUCUUAUGUUUCCAUAUGAUCUUUCCUUUAGUGGCCAUAAAGUGUGCCAUGAAUCUAUGUUGACUUUCCAUUUCAGUACAUCUAUUCUGUACUACAGACUUAAAAAAUAGUCAUUCUGUCUCCCAAGGGGACCUUGUGAAUCGUAGUUCUGUGCAAUGGCUAGGGAUCUCUUAAGAUAAAUCUGUUAGCCAGAGCCAUAAUGUCAAUGUAAACUGCUGCUGAAUUCUGCUGUCAGUAACAAAUUCUGCAGUUCUUUUAUGCUUGCACAGAAUCUGUAUCAAAGUAACAAAAGCUGUUUGUUGGUAAAUUGACCAUAUUAUUAGUAGUAUGUGGUUUCCUGUUUUAACCUGUAGGAUUUCUUAGAUUAUUACAUGGUAGAACACAUGUUCUCAGCUGGGUUUCAACUAGAAGGAUAAUAGACAAUAGAUAACCCUGAUCUAAAUGCUACAAUAAGCCAAAAUGAGUUGCUGCUCUUUGUGGUUAGUGACGUUUCGGAAGUCCAAAAAGGGAAGGAAGUUUCCUGUGAUGAGGCAGGAUGGAUAUCUGAGAGACUUCAGCAUUGCUCAACUGAUAAUGUGAUGAGAUGUCUUUUUUUAAGGGUUUGGAUCAGGCCGUCUGUCUUCUAUUGUUGGCUUUCAAAAACUUCACCCUUGGGUUUUGCAUGCACCCAUGGAAUGAAUCUGAGUGGCCUGCCAUACGUCAGAGCAGGGGGAAAAGAUAAGUUUAUACUGGUGCUUGAAUAAUUUAUUGAUUCAAGUAUGCUUGCCAACAGGUUAAAAAAGAGAGAGGUCUUCUCCAAUGUAAUAACUAUCAGUAAAUGCAGAAUAAAAUCAAUCGGACAAUAACAAUGCCAUCACUGAAUGGCUGGGAUAACAGCUAUUAGGCCAUUGGAGUACAAAGUGGAUAAAAUGAUGAGUGACUGUUACACAAUAUAUGUCAAUAAUAUAAAUAAAACAUCAAGGCUGCCCUGAUAGAGCCAUCAUAGCCUAUCCUGUAUACACGUAUUUUCUUGUUCUAUUUUAGUCACUGUUCACACAAUGCUGCAGGGUUUUGAGGUACCACAAAAGCCUGGCAAACAGUUUAAUCAGAUCAGAUGGUAAGAUGAGGGUGUGUACCAUGAGUGAUAGUGCCUUUCUCAUGCUACUUUCAGCUCUGAAAAAUAUACUGCCUGUUUCCAGCUCCAGUCUGUCUCCAAGCUGUCAUCACGCACUGGUAAUUCGUAGGCUAACCCAGUUCUUUCUCCCUUGGUUCUUCAGAACAGCCUGUUUACCAUUUAAAGAAUGCUUUGUGCUUGUCCAUUAUACACUCUGAUAUUUCCAUGAGGAAGGCGUUUGUGUUGUUCGCUCUGCUUUUACCCACUGCUCUAAAAAAAAAAAGGGGGGGGGACACUGGGCAAGUGACUAAGCUCUGUUGCAUCAUUUUAGCUGUUAAGAGCAGUUGCUUAUAUAAUGCCCUGUAGCUUUAGGAGUGUUUCGUUUCAUUGGCCCAAGCCACUUGUGAUUGUUGAGGAUAGGUUUUCAUUUGAAUUAACAUUUAAUAUACAGAAGGUGUGCUCCUGAAGAUGUUGGUGCUGGAAAUUUUUCCAUUCCUUUAUUUUGAUAAGUAAUGCAGUUUAUUAGAAAGAUAACUCAUUACCGUGGCAAGUGUGUGAGCUUGUGGGCCUCACAUCUGUGCAGGCACAUUAAACUCAACAAGCUGUUCAUAAGCUAGCACAUUUGUGCUGACAUUAUUGAAACUGGAACUUGGCCAGAUCUUUCUGUGAUGGAAGAUGGAAGACAGAGGGGCCCGUGUUGCUGACUACUUUGUUGUGGCAGGAUUGACUGAUAUUUCAAAACCACUAGAGGAGGAAAUCCACUUCAACGAUGCUUGUCACAAGCUUGCGAAGCCAAAAGAGCCAAUCACAGAUGUGGCGGUGAUAAUUAAAUCUCUGGGGGAGGAAGUGCCUCAUGGAUACAAAUGCAUAGAUGUUACUCCAUCAGGACUGUCAGCAGAUCUCAACAAUGGCAGCCUUGUGGGACCACAAAUAUAUCUGUGCUACAGGAGAGGGAGAAACAAGCCCCCACUUACUGACUUGGGGGUUUUAUAUGAUGGGAAAGAGAGAUUAAAACAGGGUUGUGAAAUCAUCCAAGCCACUCCGCAUGGCCGCCCUGCAAAUAUCAGCGGUGGUGCUUCAUCGCAAAAAGUAUACAUCACAUUCCGAAGAGCCUUGGAGAACAUGACUCAGAAUACCUUGGCUGUCACAGACAUAUGCAUAAUUAUACCAAGUAAGGGAGAAACCCCACCACACACAUUCUGCAAGGUUGACAAGAAUCUGAACAGCAGUAUGUGGGGCUCAGCAGUGUACUUGUGCUAUAAGAAGUCUGUGGCAAAAACAAACACCAUAUCAUACAAAGCUGGUCUAAUAUGCAGAUAUCCAGAAGACGACUACGAUUCAUUUCCCUUACCAGAAUCAGUACCUCUUUUUUGCCUCCCAAUGGGGGCAACAAUUGAAUGUUGGCCAUCUAAUAGCAAGUAUCCCCUCCCAGUGUUUUCUACAUUUGUACUAACUGGAGCUUCAGCUGAAAAGGUCUAUGGCGCUGCGAUACAGUUCUAUGAAACCUAUUCUGAAGAGAAUCUCACAGAAAAGCAGAAAUCUCAGUUGGGUUUAGUGACUACUCCUGAUGGGAAGUCUGCUAGCUCCAAAACAGUCCAGACGAAUAAAUGCAUCUGCCUUCUUUCUCACUGGCCAUUCUUUGAUGCUUUCAAGAAAUUGCUUACUUUUCUAUAUCGUUAUUCCAUCUCUGGUCCACAUGUCCUGCCCAUUGAGAAGCAUAUUUCCCACUUUAUGCACAAAGUUCCUUUUCCAUCCCCUCAGAGGCCAAGAAUUUUAGUCCAGCUGUCGCCGCAUGACAGUCUGAUUCUUAGUCAGCCCAUAUCAUCACCUCUACCACUGAGUGGUGGAAAGUUUUCUGCUCUUCUGCAGAACCUUGGACCAGAGAAUGCAGUAACUCUCCUUGUAUUUGCGGUGACGGAACAUAAAAUCCUUAUCCAUUCUUUACGACCGUCAGUCCUUACCAGUGUAACAGAAGCACUUGUCUCUAUGAUAUUUCCUUUCCACUGGCCCUGCCCGUACAUUCCUCUCUGCCCUCUAGCCCUGGCAGAUGUUUUGAGUGCGCCGUGUCCAUUCAUAGUAGGAAUUGACUCAAGAUACUUUGAUCUCUAUGACCCUCCACCAGAUGUUAGCUGCGUUGACCUAGAUACGAACACCAUUUCACAACCAGGAGAUAAGAAAAAUAUUGCAUGGAAGAUCUUGCCAAAGAAACCCUGUAAAAACCUGAUGAACACUCUAAAUAACUUGUAUCAGCAGCUAGCAGAAUUGCAGCAAAGGCCAAGAGAUGAUGCACUGAUGGAGCUGGCUAUGAAUGACUAUGAUUUCCAUUCAGGGGAGAAGCUGCAUCUGUUAGAUGUGGAAAUCCAGGAGGCGUUUCUCUGUUUCAUGGCCUCUAUCCUAAAAGGUUACAGGUCAUAUCUAAGACCCAUUACCCAAGCACCUUCUGAAACAGCAACAGAUGCAAGUUCCCUAUUUGAGCUGCAAGGGUUCUUAAAAAGCCGUGACCGUUCACAUCAGAAGUUUUACACUAUGAUGACCAAGACACAAAUGUUCAUUCGCUUCAUUGAAGAAUGCUCCUUUGUCAGUGAUAAAGAUGCAAGUCUUGCAUUUUUUGAUGACUGUGUAAAUAAAGUAGAUAUGGAUAGGACUGGUGACACGCGGCUUAUAGAACUGGAUGAAUCAUACAAGAGUGAACACACGGUUUUCAUAACUCCCCUGGAGAUCCCCCACCUUCCCAAUGGAGAAGAGGUUCCAUCACAGUACAGUUAUAGUGGAUUUCCUGUGCUGCAGCAAGAUCUGUUUGAGCGGCCUAAGGCACUCCUGACAUUACAGAACAGCAGAUUGUCUUCAAAAGCCAGCAGUCCCAACAGCCCAUUGCCAAUGUUCAGGAGAACAAAACAGGAAAUCAAGUCGGCCCACAAGAUAGCCAAGAGGUAUUCCUCCAUCCCUCAGAUGUGGUCUAGGUGCUUGCUGCGCCACUGCUAUGGCCUCUGGUUUAUCUGCCUUCCUGCCUAUGUCAAGGUGUGCCAUUCCAAAGUGAGGGCUUUGAGGACAGCCUAUGAUGUGCUGCGGAAAAUGCACUCGAAAAAGAUUGAUCCACCUGACGAGGUAUGCUACCGGUUGUUGAUGCAGUUAUGUGGACAAUAUGGCCAGCCUGUGCUAGCAGUGAGAGUCCUUUUUGAAAUGAAAAAAGCUGGAGUUGACCCCAAUGCCAUUACAUAUGGUUAUUAUAAUAAGGCUGUUUUGGAAAGUACUUGGCCGUCAAGCAAUCGAAGUGGCUAUUUUCUGUGGACGAAGAUAAGAAACGUUGUCUUAGGAAUAGCUCAGUUUAAAAGAGUUCUAAGGAAGCAACCUGCAAAUGGCAUCCACAAAGUUCUUUCUGGGGAACAUUCAGAUCUGUUAUACAGGCUAUCGAAAGCAGCAGCUAAACAAGGGAAAGCCACUGCUCAGAGGAAUGGUGAGCAAAAGGAAGAGAAGAAAGAGAGUGACUCUAGUUCUUUAUCUGAAGUAGAAAGUGGAAAGGGAAGUGGUGACUGCCUUCCUUCAUUAAAUUAUCAAAAUUCGAAUAGAGCUAAGCCUGUGUCAAGGAUUGUUCGCCUGAAUGAUAAAAUUGGCAAAGUAGCAGAUACAGCAGGAGAGAUCGGCAGAGAAAGCUCUGCAGGAUUGUUAUUCUCUUGCUUUGAGGAUAUCAACAAAACAAGAGUUACUAAAGUUGAAAGCUUAAGAAGCAGGCACUUAAAUGCAGCUGAAUUGGAUCAGAAACGGAUAGUUUGGAGAAACAGGAACCGUAAUCUGAGUGGAGAUGCUCUGAUAGAACUCAUGAAAAACCAUAUUAACCAGGAGGCAAGUCCAGAACAAAUCAUUGAAAAACUAGGAGUGGAUGCAAAAAUUCUUUCUAAAGUGUUUGAGAAGAGAAAAAGGCCCAACACUCUCAACAUCAGGCAGUCUUCCUUGGGACCCAGUAAGAGAGGGAACUUGGAGAAAGAAUCCAGUGAUGAGGAUGCUCCCUAUGAGGACAGUUUUGUGGACAAAACAGAGUCUCCUGUCAUAUUUGAUUUGGAAGAUUUGGAUAAUGAACCUUUUCCAGUGAAGACUGUGAAGCUGUUACAUAAAAAGCCCAAGAGGAUUCAGCGAGCCAUCAGCUUUCCAGUGAAGCUUGUUGAGAAAACUGGUGUUGAGAUGGGAUUUGAUCCACUUUCCUUGCUGGCUGCUGAAACAGAACAACAGAAAGAAGAAGAGGAUGAUGAUGAGGACAGAAGUGCCUCAACCCCGUCUGCAAGGCGAGAUUUAGCUGAAGAAAUAGAAAUGUAUAUGAACAAUAUGAGCAGCCCCUUAACAAACCGUACACCAAGCAUAGAUUUGCAAAUGGCCUACAGUGACAAGAACACCAACAAAAAGAGUCCAACGUUGGCUCAGCCAUGCCGGAGAUCUAGCCUUCCUCCAAACUCACCCAGACUGGCGAACCUUACCAAAUCCAAAAGCUACCACAUAAAAAAUGAAGAAAGGAGAAGGGACAGACUUUGGUCCUCUCCAGUAUUUUCUCCUCAUAGUCUGUCCAGGGGACAAUCUCAGGAUACAGCUGGCGCAAUAGCUCUUGCCUCUCCAACUGCGUUCAACUUGGAUACACUGCUAACACCUACCUUUGACGUUCUAAAGACCAGCAUGUUUUCUGCAGGGAAAGGGGUUGCUGAGAAGGCCAGCAAGUGGUACUCAAAGUUUACUACGUAUGCAGCAUCAGCAAAGGAUCAAAACUCAGACCGAGCAAGCAUUUCAUCCCUUGGGGCCCUUGAUUCAGAAACUGCCUCCCUGACUGAUGAGGAAGUCUGCAAUGAUCUUGAAAGCAACUCCUCUCCUCAAGAGAACGCCUCCUCUGUGUUAAAGGGAAUUGGCUUGAGUAGGACAAGUCUUGAAAGUUCAGCUUCUAAUAGUGGCACAUCAAAGCGUUUUUCUCAGUCUGGCUCUCUUUCAAAGUUUCCUUUGCCUGGCAGAUCAGAGCUGGUAUCAUCUUGCAGUACAAGCAGCACCAGCGUGUUCCAGAAUUACGCACUGGAGGUCCUCAUCUCAAGCUGUUCACGAUGCCACACCUGUGACUGUCUUGUACAUGAUGAAGAAAUCAUGGCAGGCUGGACAGCCGAUGAUUCCAACCUUAAUACCACAUGCCCUUUCUGCGGAAACCAAUUCUUGCCUUCCCUGAACAUCGAAAUCAGAGAUCUUCGGGGUCCUGGAAGAUAUUUCCUGAAGUCCAGUCCAUCUUCAGAGAACAUGCAGCUUCCAUCAUCUUUUUUCCACCAGGCAGCAAAGUCCUGCAUUUCUGAUCCCACACCAGGAUUUUCAGCAUCUCUAAUACCUGCUCAGGAUGACUUGCAUUCAAAUAGAUCCAAAGAGCCUGAUAGCACCUGUGCCAGAAGCAUUCAGAUCCCUCCAAGAAGGCAAAAUACUGCUGGGACUGAGCACACCAGCCACGCCUUGUCUCGAAGCAUGAGUACCUUCAGUCCCCUGGAGGUGGAGGAAACAGAGCAUCACAAGCACAGUCACAUUGUUCCCACUGGGAGCUUGCCUACCACAUUGCAGGGGACAGCUGAUCCUUUGGGGUUGGAGUGGCGUUUGCAGAGUCCAGAGCCCAUAACUGUCCCAUACCUGAGUCCUCUUGUUGUAUGGAAGGAGCUUGAAAGUUUAUUAGAAAACGAAGGGGAUCAUGUGAUAACAGUGCCAGACUUUGUGGACCACCAUCCCAUUGUGUUCUGGAAUCUAGUGUGGUAUUUUCGACGCCUGGACUUACCCAGUAACUUACCAGGAUUAAUACUGUCCUCUGAGCAUUGUAAUAAGAAUUCAAAGAUUCCCAGGAAUUGCAUCUUAGAGGACAGCAAGUACGUUCUAAUUCAGAUGCUGUGGGACAACAUGAAAUUGCAUAAGGAUCCAGGGCAGCCUCUCUAUAUUCUGUGGAAUGCACAGGCACAAAAUUACCCAGUGGUUCGUUUACUGCAGAGCGAUGACAGCUCAUUUAACCAGGAGCUCUUAAGAAGCAUGGUGAAGAGUAUUAAGAUGAAUGAUGUCUAUGGGCCAAUGAGCCAAAUCCUAGAGAGGCUGAACAAAUGGCCACAGAUGAAAAGGCAAAGGAGUCUUUAUAGAGAAAUACUAUUUCUCUCUCUUGUUGCGCUUGGAAGGGAUAACAUUGAUAUAGAUGCUUUUGACAGAGAAUACAAAAUGGCUUACGACCGCCUUACAGUAAAUCAGGUGAAGAGCACCCACAACUGCGAUAGGCCUCCAAGUACAGGAGUGAUGGAAUGUCGAAAGAUUUUUGGGGAGCCGUACCUUUAAAAAAAGAAAUAUUGCAUCUAAUUAAUUGCAGCAGGGUUCGUAUGAAGAAACAGAAGACUUCAGAAAGACUCUCACCCUUCUCCAUUUAAAAAAGCAUCUUCAGCUUUGUUUUAAAAUUAGGAUUUCCAAGGGGGGAAAUGUUGCUGGAAUGACUUGUGAGCCGUGGGCCAGAGUAGGCUCUCUUCGCUGUGGACAGUGUCUGCAAAACAUGUAGGGGAGGAAAUGGAAUGGUCCAUUGCAGAAAGCUUAAGCAGAGAUGGACCAAAAUCACGUACUAAAAGUUUGCAUGAAUGAAAUAAGCUUUUCAGAACUGUUUACAUAGAAAGUUAAAAAAUGUCACAGAGCUCAUACCAGAGUUGUAUAAUAACAGAUUUUAAAUUAUUUAUAGCAAGUUCAUAUUUUUUUAACUUUUUAAAUUACUAUUGUGAAUCAAGUGAUCCUGUUGCAGAAGCAAUACUUUUGUCCUCCCUCAGAAUAUUGCUGUUUAUAGCAACUGGUCUUUUUUGCAGAUAAAGCCCUUCUCUCUUUCAUUUUUAAAAAAGUAGUAUGGAAAUGUCGAUGCUGUCCUCAAUCGCAGUGCAGGUUGUAGUAUUUCCUGUUCCUCCCCAUAAGUGCACACUUAAAAGAUUGCAAACUUUAGCUGACAAGUAUUUCAAACUUGUAUGAAGCUUUCAUAAGUUACAUGCAUUUGUCACUUUUAAGAAUCUGACAUGGUUGGCUGUUGGGGAGCCACUGCUAUACUGCUAUACAGAUAAUCCAUUUAAGGAGCUACUGUACUUUAGGCAUUCCAAUGGGUCAAGAUUUGCCCUGUAGGAUUGUGGACCUUUCCUCAUCAAAAUAGCAAGCUUUGCACCAGAGGUGGGGAACCCUUUUCAGUCUGAGAGUCACAUUUCCUCAUGGAAAACCUCCCAGGUGUUGGGCCAGGCCAGAGUCAAAAGUGGACAAGGGAUGUGACUCUUACCAUUGUACAAUAGGCUACAUUCCAGCUAUCCAAAACUCAGAGGCUUUGAUUCACGUAGCCCCCCACCCCGCCCACCUCUCCAUCCAGGCAAGCAGAAGGAAUUAUCACAAUUCAAAGACGCAUUUCAGCCAUGCAAAAGCACCUAAGAGGGCACAGAGCAGAGUCAGUGAGGGAGUGGGCCCAGGUGGAAUUCCAAAGGCCCAGGGCUAUGAUGUUCCCUACUUCUGCCCUUACCAUAUCAAAAUCCAUUGGCAUAGCUGGGGGGGGGGGGCAGCUGCUCCCCAGUCAAUAAAAAUACAUAGCUAACUGAGCUUCUCCUCCACCCCCAAACAAAAAUUCUGGCUAUGCCCAUGUCACAAUCUGCUUUCAAAAGUCCCUGCAGUUUCCAAAGUGGUGGGUUCAUGUGUUUCUGCUUCCAUGGGCUGCUGCCUAAGAAGGAUAAACCCAAAGCACCUCUGGGCACAUGGGAAUGGGGGAAUGGUGCUUUGGAUCCCAGCUAAAGUGUAUGGCAAGUGGCUUGAGGGAAAUGCUUAUUUACAAACUGAAGGAAAGAACUGUAUCAUCUGUGGACCAAAAUGUUCCAAAAUGGAAUUUAGGACAAGCAUGUCCAAACAGAAAAUUCGGGUGCAAUGGGAUCAUGUGGGUUGUGGAAGAGAAUGUAAUCUACUUUGAGAUAAGAUGUGUAUCAGAUAUAUUAGAUAUCAUUGCUUGCUUGCUAAUAUGCAAACAGCAUAGCAACUUUUUAUUUGUUGUUGUUGCAUGGCUUCACACUGCUUGUGUUUCAAACCCAGAUACUUUAAAAUUUUGAGAACUGGAGAACAUUAUAGUGUCUUCUCUAAUUUGCACAUACAUGUAGAGUUACUUGUUUACAGGAAGAUGUGCUGCCUAUUCUGUCACGUCCUCCCGGUUUUUCUCCAGCUAAUGUUUGGUUGGAGGCAGUGUCCUUCUGAAUACCAGUUGCAGGAAACCACAGGAUGGGACAGUGCUCUUGUGCUCAGGUCCUACUUGCAGGUAACUGGUUGGCCACUGUGAGAACAGGAUGCUGGCCUAGAUGGGCCAUUGGUCUGAUCCAGCAGGCUCUUCUGAAGUUCUUAGUAUGCUAAUAGUCAUUUUGCAUGGGGAUUAUUAACCUAUGCCUUAGCAACUUGGUCUUAGACCUGAAUCCAAAGAACUACUUCGGGCAUUUUGAAUUUUUCUUUGUCUUUGAACAGCAGGUCAUUUUUGCCAUGUCUCAAACUGUUUUUGAACUGCUCCUGGAUUCAAACAGCAUGUGGGCCUACUGCUCAAAAAACAUUUAAGGCUGAAGCCUCUUUGGGUGCGUUGAGAGUGUAGUCUCUAAGGACACAAUGAACCAGGAAUUUAUCUUGCAUAAGUCCCCCCUGCAUCCUCUUGCAUAGCUUCCAUUCAGUUCUGCAGGCUUGCAUAGGAGAAUUUCCUAGUGCAUUUCCACACAUCAGUACUCACCUUGCAUUUACAGACAAACACAGGUAACUUUAAGAGAAUGUCAUCUCCAUGAAUUUUGUGACAAAGCUAUGCCUCCCGAUACAGUGGGUAUAGAACUUUGGAAGCCACAUUGCCAAGUACCUAGUAACGUGGGUGGGUGUUAAUUUCUGUGUACAGUAUCUGUGCUAUGUUGUAUUCACACAGUUAUGUUGUGUAAGGAAAAGAUGUGCACUGUGGUUGCCACAAAUGUAAAUAAGUCAUUUGGUAUUUGUGUUGUGUAGAAGAAAGUAGAGUGCUGGUCAGCCUUUGAACUGCAAUUUCUUGCUUCGGUUAGCUGUAUAAAAGCCACUAUUUUAUAGCACUUUAGAGCUAUGAUGGAGAGCUUCUUCCUGAGCUCUGUCUGGUGUUUCUAGGGAUACCAAGAAAGUGACAAAUCAAAUUCCCUCAUAUAUGGUAUGUAUAACCUGUUGGGGGAAUAUGAUCUCACAAGGGUGUUUGUAUGUGUGGGUGUGUCUACUGCUGUCUAAACAUCAAGGUUUCAAUUAAUGUGACAGCUAUAAUUUUCCAGUUGCAGCACUUCCUAACAGCAUAAGUGUGUAUAUACUAAAAAUCAAGCCCUCUAGGCUGGUGUGUUAGCUUGAUAAGAGAGAAGGAUAGAGAGAGACAUUGUCCUAUUAACAUGUUUGGCCAGAACUCAAGGAAUUACUUCAAUAGCUUGUGCACACCCAAAAUAUGUUUUGACACUCCCCCCCCCUCUUUUGAAUGGCUGAUCCCCAUUCUUAUCACAAAUUGUGAUAAGUGAAAAGGAUCACCAUGCAUCUCUAGUGAAAACUAUCACUGCGGACACAAAAUUAAAUCUGUUAUGUCUGUGGUGGCCCAUACAUUCUCUUAAAUACAAACACGGAUUGAGUUUACAUUUUUAAUCUUUGUUAUAGAAAGACAGUUUUGAAAUCUUUUUCCUUCUGUUUAUAGUGAUUUGUUCUAAUACUUAGGAACAGUUCUGUGUUUCCUUCUGGUAAUAUAACAAAGCCUUUUAUCCUUAUGGUUCAUGAUGUCGGAAACAUCUUUGAGGCUUUUAAGUGCUUUUCUUCCUUUUUUAUGUGUUCAUAAUCCUUGUAAUGUUAGGUUUGCGCUUUAUACAGAAAUGGAUUUAUCAAGUAGAUGACUUUAGUAUUUCAAUAGGAAAUGCUUUAUCCCAAAGACAGAAAAUGGAUAUUCAUUACAUGUAAAUGUGUGUAUAUAUGACAUUAUAAAGCAGGAGGUACAGCCGGUGGAUUAAUUUGCUAAAGAGCACUUUUACAAAUGAAAGGUUGUAGAUUUGUAUAUAUGUAAUGUUUACAUUUUAUUUACCAACAAAGAAUAUCAGUUUUAAGUGUUUAUUUUUGUUUUGAAUUUGUAGCUCAAUUUUAAGGUGUAAAUUUCCAUGUUCACAAUGGAAAAAGCUGUGUUUUCCCCUAUGAAAUGUCCUAGAAAAAUGAUUCUAUUUAAAAUUUUACAAUGGCUCAAUAAAGAAAAGUGAACAUGA